CUUUAGCGAGUCGCAUGAUGUCGCCGUUCAUUGUUUUUUGUCAAGGUAAUGGAUUUUGUUUUUGUGAAAGUCGCGAAUCACGAAAUCAGGGAGUGGAUAUUGUUUCCGUAACUUGAUCAGAAAGUUCGAGACGGCGAUGUAAGAGAAGAGCAACGCCGAAUUGAGAAUGCGAGAUCUAGAGAGGAAAAUACGUUACAUUGUUUAUAAAAUGUAACGGAUCGAAUCGAUCAUCACAAAGGGAAUCAAAUCGACCGAUUUCGAAAUAAAUGCACCAGCAAAUACCAAUCACUCUACACCGAAUUGCUAGAUCAUAAAGAACAUGGCGCAAUUAAUUCAAAUGAUUUAUGAUGGUUAUCAAGAUCUGAUGAUCAACAAAAGCGAUCCGAGAGUCAACGAUUGGCCGAUGAUGAGCGGCCCGUUCUCCACAUUAGCGAUCUGCUUGUUCUACGCUUAUUUUGUUAAAGUUUUAGGGCCAAAAAUGAUGGAAAAUCGAAAACCUUUUGAUCUCAGAAAGGUGAUGAUAUGGUACAAUCUCUUUCAAGUAAUAUUCUCCACAUGGUUGUUCAACGAAAGUCUAGUCACAGGCUGGGGAGGACAAUAUUCCUUCAGAUGUCAGCCGGUUGAUUAUUCAAAUGACCCGAUUGCACUGCGAAUGGCACAAGGUUGCUGGUGGUAUUACAUCUCAAAGUUCAUUGAGUUGACGGACACAAUUUUCUUUGUGUUAAGAAAAAAGAACGACCACAUUAGCACUCUCCAUGUCAUCCAUCACGGCUGCAUGCCUAUAUCAGUUUGGUUCGGAGUUAAAUUUACCCCUGGUGGUCACAGCACUUUCUUUGGUUUUCUGAAUACCUUUGUACACAUCAUAAUGUAUUCGUAUUACCUCUUAGCGGCGCUCGGACCACAGAUACAGCCAUAUCUGUGGUGGAAGAAAUAUUUGACCACUUUGCAAAUGAUCCAGUUCGUUAUUGUAAUGAUCCACGCAUUCCAAUUACUUUUCAUCGAUUGCAAUUACCCGAAGGCUUUCGUCUGGUUGAUAGGCAUGCACGCUAUAAUCUUCUAUUCUCUCUUCCGCAACUUCUAUAAUGAAGCGUACAAGAAGAAGAAUUUAAAGAAUGCUGUAGGCAAGCAAAAAGAUGAAAAGGAACAGAACGUAACUAAAGAUCAAGGAGACAUCAAGGAGAACGGCAACAAAAAGGGUGUGAUAUAUGCAAAUCAGUAUAAAAUGGCCACUGGUUAUAUCUCAGACAGCGGCCUUAGAAAUCGCGUGUUCAUCGACAAUCGAGGCUUUGAUGAAUAAUGAGAGAAACUUCUAAUUUAAAAAGACUGCAAUUUACGUCGAGUGUACAUUUGAUUGCAAAUUAUCAUUAUUUAAAGCACUUCCACAUUGCACCACAGUCGCUGUCCUCAUAGUGCGUUCGAAUAAAAGCUGUAAAUAGCAGAGAAUAUUAAAAAAAGAAAUGAAAAAUGAAAGAAGAAGCGCGUUGAAUUUGCUCAUCGGAAUUUGUGAGCCUGGCUUAAUUGCAUUCUUCCUGAGUGCUUCGCAGCGAAGUUUUUUUACGUGUAAAGAUUUUUUCGCGCUUUUUAUGUAUAUUAUAUAUGUGAACGAGUAUAUAUGUGCGAAUGUGUGUUUACUAAUUUGUGUGCGUUGGCUAGUUUAACGAAAAACAGAGACUGGAUAAAGCGUUGAAAUUGCCAAAAUGAUAAAAAAAUAUAUUACUCUUCCCAGUUAAGAUGCCGAAACGAAAUUCAUUCUCCGAUAAAUUACUCUUUCCGAAAAGAGGAAAGAUUUUAAAUCUCUUUAAAGAGAUGAUUUUUAUGAAUAUUUGUACUCCUCAAGAAUUAUAAUUUCACGUUUUGCUCAUAUUUCUCAUAUCCUCU